GGAGGAACAAAUAGUGGUUUAUGUUUGGAGUCCGGUUUCCACGUUAGUCUGUUGUCAAGUGUUUUUCUGUGUUGGUGGGCGUAGGUGAAGUCGGCUAGACUAUGGCGGCCUUUGAGAAGCCUCAGAUCAUCGCUCAUAUCCAGAAGAGUCUGAACUACACGGUGUUUGACUGUAAGUGGGUGCCCUGCAGCGCGAAGUUUGUGACCAUGGGCAACUUCGCACGGGGCACCGGCGUCAUCCAGCUGUACGAGAUCCAGCACGGCGACCUGAAGCUGCUCCGGGAGAUUGAAAAGGCCAAACCUAUUAAAUGUGGAACAUUUGGUGCGACGUCUUUACAGCAGAGAUACUUAGCUACUGGAGAUUUUGAUGGAAACCUUCAUAUAUGGAAUUUGGAAGCUCCAGAGAUCCCAGUAUAUUCUGUAAAGGGCCACAAAGAAAUUAUAAAUACUAUAGAUGGUGUGGGUGGACUAGGAAUUGGAGAAGGAGCGCCGGAAAUUGUGACUGGCAGUAGAGACGGGACUGUGAAGGUUUGGGAUCCGAGGCAAAAAGAUGAUCCUGUUGCUAAUAUGGAGCCUGUACAAGGAGAAAACAAGAGAGACUGUUGGACAGUAGCAUUUGGCAACGCUUAUAACCAAGAAGAACGUGUUGUUUGUGCUGGCUAUGACAAUGGAGAUAUCAAACUGUUUGAUCUCAGAAAUAUGUCAUUGCGGUGGGAGACAAACAUAAAAAACGGGGUAUGUAGUGUGGAGUUUGACAGAAAAGACAUAGGAAUGAAUAAAUUAGUAGCCACAUCUCUGGAAGGAAAGUUUCAUGUUUUUGACAUGAGAACACAGCAUCCAACCAAAGGUUUUGCCUCUAUUUCUGAAAAGGCUCAGAAAUCUACCGUAUGGCAGGUCCGACACCUUCCCCAAAACAGAGAGCUCUUCCUGACAGCUGGAGGUGCUGGAGGCCUUCACCUUUGGAAGUACGAAUACCCUGCUCAGCGAUCAAAGAAAGAUUCUGAGGGAGUAGAGAUGGGAGUCGCUGGUUCUGUCAGCCUUCUGCAGAAUGUGACAUUGUCGACCCAACCCAUCUCAAGUUUGGACUGGAGUCCAGAUAAAAGGGGUCUCUGCAUCUGUAGUUCAUUUGAUCAAAUGGUCAGAGUACUCAUUAUUACAAAACUUCAUAAAAUUUGAUCUGAAGACUUUGGAUUUGAAACCAUGCAGAGGAUCGAGAAUAUGUUUGAGGACUCUCUGACCCUUGUUGAACAAAGUUGGGGUUGACUGAUGAAGAAGGAUCCCAGAUGGACAGCUCCAUGUGAACCUCUCUCUGGCAGUGAAAACCAAGUGCUGGGUUUGUCUACCUGUAAGAUGCAGGUUCAGUUCUGCAUGUGGGAUGCCACUAGCUUGACACUUCUUUCCACCAUUUCCAGUACACAGUUGAAGGAUUGUCUUUGUUUAGACAUGUUUCAAUUUCGUUCUGCAUCCAAAGUUCCAUAGAAUAUCAUUACACCUGUUCUGCAUUUCAGUGUUUCCAAUGUUGAGGUAGGAAUCACUAGAUGUUUAACUAUAGUAGAUUGCCUUGCCAAAACUUGAGAAAACCUUGAUAAUGAAUUAAUCUGCAGAAAGGCACUUUGAGAGAUUUCAGUGUCAGUAGGUCUCUUCAAAAUUUAUAAAAUACCACAAAGGGGGUUGUCAUCUUAAUUUGCCCAUUUUCAGCAAUAUAACUUCGUAAAAGUGAAUACCAUGAUGAUCAUUUUUUUGACCACUUUUUGACUUUUAAAGAAGAAAAAAAAAAUUGAAUUAGUGAGACUUUCUGUUGUUGACUGUGGUGAUACAAGAGUUGGGGGGGUAGGCUUAUUACUAUUUUUUAUCAUACUUUUAAAUAUAUUUCAUGAAUAAAUUUCUUAUUUUAAAAUCUA